AGCGCCAGACAGCCAGGGAACUUUGAUCUGACGCCAAGUCGCCUGAGUCUGAAACUGACGAUGAAGAGGAAGAGCCACGUUUCUUGUUCCGCUCCUUGGGAGGCUUAGAGAGAGAUAUGCCGGCCGUGUUCAACAUAUAGUGUGUCCUUGGACUCUUGUGCUCUGUGAAGGUUUAUUUCCUCUGAUUUCGCUCCUCUAUUCGCCGAUGCUGCCGCUUCGGCCAGCCGAAUGCACGUGAAGGCGGUCUGAGCGCCGCGCAUUGUUUUCCAGCUCCGUUGCAUAUGGGAUUUCCAGCCGUGAUGUCUGCAAUAUUCCGCUCUUUGUUUCUGGUUCUAUUCAGCCUGCUGUCAGUGGGUGCCCAGACUGAGAUGAAGAAGGUCGUUGGGGACAAUGCCACCUUACCCUGCCACCACCAGUUCCCAUCAUCCGGCUCUCUCGACAUUGAGUGGCUACUGCAGAAACCAAACUCCAAACAGAAAGUGAUCAUUACCUUCUUCGGGGGCCAGGUGUACACCAAUGAGGCGACGAGCAGCGAGUCCAGCCGCCUGUCCUUCGCUGGGGAGUACCUGGGCGGAGACGCCUCCCUGCUGAUCAGUGACCUGUUGUUGACCGACUCCGGGGAAUACUAUUGUAAAGUCAAGACCGGGGGAAAGUACCACUGGAGCCAGGUCAACCUCAUUGUGCUGGUCAAACCCUCCAAGCCGACAUGCUGGAUGGAUGGCAAACUCCUGGAGGGCAGUGACGUCAAACUGAGCUGCAAGUCCAGCGAUGGCUCUGACCCCAUCAACUACAAGUGGGAGCGAGUGCUGGACAAAGGCAAGAGUCUGGGCAAGUUGCCAAACCUGGCACUGAUAGAUCUCAAGAACCCGGAGCUUGUGACCCUGAGGAAUCUCACCAUGGACAGCACAGGAGUCUACAGGUGCACGGCGAGCAAUGACGUGGGCGAGGAAAACUGCACCGUCGAGGUCACGAUGCAACAUGUGAAGGAUGUCGGAAUGGUGGCGGGUGCAGUGGUGGGAAUAUCCCUCGGUGUCCUGAUUGUCAUAUUAAUCAUCUGGCUCGUCUUCCGCAAGAAAGAGAAGAAGAAGUACGAGGAGGAGGAGACUCCAAAUGAAAUCAGGGAGGAUGCCGAGGCUCCAAAAGCCAAGCUGGUGAAGCCCAACUCCCUCUCCUCGUCCCGAUCCGGCAGCUCACGCUCCGGCGCCUCCUCCACCCAGUCCAUGGUGCACAACAGUGCUGCCCAGCGUGGUCACCGCCCCCGCCCACCUGCUGUCGCAGCUCUCAAGGAAAAUGGACAGCCUCCAGGCUUCCCCCAGUCCCCUCCAGCCUACAAUUCAGUGGUGCCCAAGAACCCCGAGCCCCCUGCCACUCCCAAAUACAACUCCAGGAACAUGUCUGGGCCCACACCCCCAACCCUCAUGGUCCCUGCCCAGACCAAGGCCUUUCAGACUGUGUAGGACUGAAAGCCAACCACUUCCUGCAGCCAUGUGAGACUCCCAGCCCCCCCCCCCCCACCACCAUCCCCCUCCCAAAGACUAAGACUCUUCCAUAAACAAAGAAAUGCAACUAGUUAAAAGGAUGUAAUUAAAAGAAUCAGUACAUUAAGUCCAAAAAGUACUUUAAAUGAAUGCAUACUUAAAAAGGGAAAAUAAGACAUGCUUGACCCCUUUCUGAAUUACGUAAAACAUCAAAAGAAAAGAAAAAGACAUGACCUGCGAUGCAACGCUGUUUGUGUCUCAUCGCUAAAGGCAGAGCUUUUUUUUCUGAGUUCCGUCUCUUGGCUUUCGAAGGCACGGGGAAGGAAGGAGCCCCCUACAGUAGUAGCGCUUUUAUUCAUUCAUCAAAUCAAAGGUUUAGGCAUGCAGUGGGGGGAGAGACAGAUACAGUAAAAGCUGGAUGAUAAAGUAGAUCCAAAAACUCAGAUACAGAUAGAGUCAUGCAGCUUGUUGAGCUUUAUGGUUUCCGACAAAUACAAGAUGGAUACAAGCCUGACGGAAACAAGGAGGAAGAGAGUGCAAGAGCGUAAGACAGCUGCUGUUUUAUUUUCUCUUUCUCUCUCUGGGAGGAGGAGAGUGGGCGUGGGGUGAUUCUUUGAUUCAUGCCACCCUGCACCUCUGACUCGCUGCCUCCUCGCUGCACCUGCUCUGAAACCACAAACCCCCUUUUUGCCUCCCGAGGGCCGGGCCGAUGGUGCCCGUGCGUGUGGACGGACACAGCGCGUGUGUCGUGUGUACAUCAUCUGCCUCGGUGCUCUCGGUCUUCCGCGCUCUCAUAACGAACCCGUGAGAAACCACAGCGGUCUCGAGACUGACUCAGCUGGCUCUCAAACAGCUCAUCUGCUCUACCAAUCAGCAUUGACAGUGGAGCCAAUCAGUGGAAUUGAUACCCCCGACCCCAUACUGUCUACGUCUCUACGGACGUCCUUUUCUGGAAUGGAAUAUCUUUCCUGAAUAAUUAAAUAGUAUGCAUUAGGCCUAUAGUGUGUCAGUACUUUAAAUAUAGGGGAUAAGCAUCUAUUAGACCAGCUGGACUUGUUUUUCUUUUCUUUUCUUUCUGUUCUCAUGUGUUUCUUCUCUCUGAACCGGUUGUAAAGGGUGACAGACAGCUAUAUGUCCAUUCAUCCAUAUUAAGACGUGCCACCAAUCCCUAGGACGGGUCAUUAUUGUUGCUUUUAAUUUUUUUUAUUGUUUUGUUUACCUGCUACAUGUGUGAACUGAAACCAAAAUAUAUCACCAUGAAUGUGUGAUGUACGACGAUGGUGGAUGCCAUUCUCUUCAGCUCCCUGGAAGGUACCGAAUCAAUAUCCGAGCGAAGGCACAAAGAAUUGACCGUGACGUUCAAUUUUACAAUUAAUAUGUCUGAAUGCAGGGAAGCGAGGAGUAUGAUUCUGGAGACUUCAAUUGUAGGCUAUAGGGUGUGUAUGGUAUCAUUGUCAGUACUCUCCCUGGAUCCAUCACAAUGGACCGGCACUCGAUUGCUGUCCCGCUGAAUCACCGGGUCCUGCUUGGUUAUUGGUCGAGCUGCGCUAUCAGCCACUUCCCUCUCAGACGGACCCAGUGCAGUUUGAUUGAAAGUUUAAAAAAAGGGGCAAUUAGCCUUUAUAGUGUGCCUUUGCAAUCCCUCUUCUCUUCUGGUUUCUUUCUUUGUCCUUAUCGUCAGCGCACCAGUGGUUCAGUCCGUGUUCACCUCGCCACGCUUUGAGCAAAUGCUGAGAGGUUCAACUUCACAAACCUUUCCCUGGCGAUAACAGAUGCCGAACUAAAGGGAGCACCAAGCAGAGUGAAUGAGCCAUGGUGAGAACGCAAUCCCAUGCCAUGGGACAUUGUCCUGUGCAUUCUGUCAUCAGUCUUGUUUUAUAUUGUACAUACAGAUGGAUUUACACACAUGAUGUCAUUUAAUGUAAUAAAUACGGGCGUCUGAGGGUAGAUAUACCCCUUACGGGUCAGAUAGGAAACCCCAAAGGUGAAUUUAAACCGUGUUUUUUUUUUUACAAAUGUAGUGCAAACAACUGAAGCCCCCUAAUUCUAAUGUGACAUUAGACCGUUUAUUUUUUUUACAUUUGAACCCAGUGCUCAUGUGAUACAAAUAUUGCUGAAAAUGUAACAGAAAGUAAAAGUGGACCAAAUCAAGACCUCUUUACAACCAGUGGCCAGAUUCUGAUGAGAUAUUGUGCCCCCCCCCACUCCUCCCCCCGAGUUUAGUUUAUACAGAUUGUUGGUGAACCCAUAACCUUUCCUCAGACACUACCACUGGGUCAGCAUUUGGGCAUUGAUCUUGAAUAGUAGCUGCCAGAUUAUCAUAAAAUCUGCUGUCAGUAUUUCUGGUCAGCCAAUAUGUAUUACUUUGGUGAACCGUGACCUUUAGUCUGGUACACCAUCCGGCUAAAAUGUCCACAUUUGCAUAAGAUAUAUCAAAUAAAAAUGUUGUGAGCCAGUUAAAUACUGUCAAAGAAAAUAAGCAGUGUUUACUAAACUAAACAAUUGAAGACACCUGUAACAUUUUAGCUUGCAAUGUAUGUUGCUAUUCUUUCUGGGCCGGCGCUUCGAUCUUAUUUCACUUCUGAAACAAAGUUUUCACUCUAAAUUAAACGAGGAAGGUAUCCAACCUCAAAAGUAAUUAAAAAACAACAACAUCUGACUUAAGAGCACGCGCGGUUUGACUUUCACACGCGGGAUUUCACAUGUGACCUGUAAACUGUAAGGGGAAGAUGAGAGAACAAUGCCUUUUAUAUUCAACCAGAGACAGCGGUUCAUAUUUGAGCAGGGAAGCUAUACUGUGUGCGCGUGUGUCUGUGUGUGCGUGCUCGCGUGCAUGUAUGCAUGUUUGUGAAUGUGUGUGAGUGCGCCUGUGUGGGUGUGUGCAUGUAAAUUCAGUAUAAGCCCUUGGGCCACACCCACACAUCCUCAUGUUAGCCAUUCAACGAGUGAGAAGGAUCCAGUCAGGCAAAGUAACCUCUAUCCAAAUUGAUGUGACUGCAGACUGGCAGUGUUUAUUUUAGUAUUCACUGACUUCUGGGUCCAUUGAACUCGGCUUCACGGGCAGCAGUCAUGUUUCUGCUUGUGGGGGUGGCGUCCCAAGACGAAGCACGUCCAUAAUUCAUAAUAUUGUCAGCUCUGGAGGCCACUUGUACGCUCCCUCCUUGCUCUUGCUGUCUCUCAACAUAGAAUGCAACUUGGCCCCGGGUGUACUGAUGGCAUCUCAAGGCACUCACACACACACACACACACACACGCACACACACGAUACAAAACAGGUCAAAGUUGUAUGUAUAUAUAUAUAUGUAUAUAUACACAUAAACAGGUACACAUGGCACAUUCAGGUCCGCACGGAAACACAGGUGUGUGUGCUUCAUGCACAUUCACAGUUUGCACAUGCAUGCAUGCGCUCACUCACACAGCCACACACACACACACACAAACACGGUUUGCACAAACAAAAGCCCAAACAGCGGCCCUUGUUAUUUCUGCUCCCUCAGAAUCAAUUUGAUGGAUCGAAUGUCUGGAGGUAUUAUGACUGACCGGAUACUGAAUGCAGCACAGAAAGGGGACACUCUACUUCACCCAGGGGACAUGUGCGCCUACACACACACACACACACACACACACACACACAAACACACACACACAUGUGCGUGCACAUGGACUCAGAAAUACAAACUCUGCUAUGCAUCGUAACUAUCUGGAUAGCAUAUGCUUACGGACUUUUUCUUCAUUGGGAAUGUGCGAGAGUGGUACUGGGAAUCAGGAGAGGUAUAGCAGGAUUGAUGAUAUGCCAGGGUUGUAUAGGCUGUUGCCAUUGAAAUUCCCUCCACCACCGCUACUUUCAUCGGUGGUAGAGGGAAUUUCCACCACCCAAUGAAAGUAGCGGUGGAGGUGGAGGAUGGGACUCAAGUCUUCCAGCUGUUAAAUUCUUCCCAGCUUUUUGAUUUGCUUUCCGGCAACGGCAAGUCUCAGGUGGAAGAUUCCCCCAGUUUAUGAGCAUCUCUCCUCUCAUGCGCGCAGCUUUGUGGCCUGACAAAUGUGCGCUCCUUCCAACAAAUGAAGUUUAAGGAGCUUUUGUCAGUUCAGCAGAGCGUGGAGGAGCGAAGUCUUGAAGCACCUCAGAGUGUCCAGUAUCAUUCUUUAAAACAGUAACCAUCCGCACUAUAUAUUGUCUUAUUAUCAACACUCAGAGGUGCAGUAAACAUGAAAUCAUUACAUGGUUAUCCUGCGUUAUAUGAUAGGAGUGUGAAUCUCAUGUAGCCACGAUGUUUUAUGUUCUAUUAAGCAGUUUUAUUUCUGAUUGAAGCUAUUGAGCAGGGCCGAGCGAUGCUCAGACUGUGUGGCUUGGCCUUGUGUGUCAGUAUCGUGGAAUGUGACGUAUUGUUACUUUUGAGAGAGGAGAUGGAGGGGCUGUACUCAUCCUCAAGAAAAAGAAAGCAAAGGUACCUGCAUGUCCUAUAGGAGAUUGAGCAGACGAACGGGAAUGCUUUGCUUUGAUGUAACAUAACUGUAUUCGGCUAAAAAUAAGGAAGAAAAAAAAAACGGUUAAAAAAAACAAAAAAAUAAUAAAAAAACUACAAUUGUAAAUAUAUUCACAGAUGAUUUUAUGAAGCUUUCUUUUUGUCUUCUUCUUCUUUUUUGAACUCAUCAUCCAUGUACUUUGCACUUUUUUGUUGUGUGCUAUGCUCAUCACCAGCCUGUGCGAGGAUCUGUGUGGUUGUCUGCUCCUCCUGGCUGCAUUGUUUCGAUGUCAGGGGGAGACACGCUCAGUCACUCAAGGGAAAUGUAAGAGACUUUUGUUUUCCUUUCUCUCAUCUGUUUUUUCUGCCGUGGCUUCUCUUUGGUUUUAUAAAAAAAAACAAUACCGAUUUCUUUGGUUCGUUCGUUUGAUCAAAACAAUCCAUGUAAAUAUCACAAGUAAAAAAAUGUAUAUUUUUACGACUUCUGAGUUAUUACUCUUUCAUUUGCAAAUAAAAUAUUCAAUGACAACUUAA